AUGUCAAAGAGUGAUAAAGAUAAAGAUGGAGAGUGUUUAAAUAAUAAAAUUGCAGAUAUGGCGGGUGAAUUUUAUGAAGUAGUAAGCUUGACAGCAAUUCCAUUCUCUAAAUUUGUACCAAUUAUAAGUGAUAUAAUUAGUGUUACCGAUGAAAUCACACUAAUAUAUCAGUCAGCAGAACAUAAUAAACGUAUAAGUCGAGCAUUAAUUGAUAGACUUGCGGCAGUUGAAUCAGCAGUUCGUUUAUUAAAAAUUGAUAAAGAUGAUAAUAAAGAAUUUUUUAAUCAAGAAAAUUUCGUAGUUAUGCAAAAGCUUUCGGAUAAUAUACAUAAAACGAAAAAAUUUAUUGGUGAGGUAACACAACUAAAAGGACUGUCGAAAUAUAUUCAAGCUAAAUCUAUCAAGACUGCUUUCUUUGAUUUAACAUCAGAAUUUGAUAGUUAUAUUAACACAUUAAAUUUUGUUAUGAACGUUGACAAGAAACUCCGUGAAGAACGAGAAAAAGAGAUCAUACGUGGUAUCACUGAUGUGGAUAAAAAUAUAAGUAAAACUGUCAAAGAAAUAAGUGAUAUUAAGAAACUCAUUUUGGAAUCAAAAAUUAAUAAAAAUAAAAUACAAGAAGCAAUUGAGAUGCAAUAUAAGCCACUUAAACUUGCUGAUUUUAGAGAAACUGAUGAAAUUCGCUUAAAAAAAGUCAGAAAAUAUAUUCGUCUGAUUAAUGAUGAAGCUGUUGCUUUUAAACUCGUAGCUGAUGAAACAGAUAAUGCAGCGUUUAAGAAUGAUAUAAAUAUUCGUCCAGAUAAUAUUUUUAUAAUGGCAAAUGAAACUGCCAAAAUUGCCAACUUUUCAUUUAGUAGACACUUUAGCGAUGAGACAAGAAGAUUAGCCGUUUCAUUACAAACUGUUCGUUACGCUGCUCCUGAAAUGUUAUACAGAAAUACUAACAAAUAUAAUACUAAAUGUGAAGUUUAUAGUUUUGGCAUCCUUUUAUGGGAGUUAGCUGAGCAAAAGAUUCCAUAUAAAAAUCUUGAUGACAUUAUGGAAAUUAAAAAUCGUGUAGAUAAGGAAAAAUAUCGAGAACCAUUUACAAAUUAUUCUAAUUUACCGAAAGAUUAUAAGGAAAUUGCCAAGAAAGCUGUUGGUCCUGAUCCCGAUUUUAGACCAACUAUAACAGAAAUGUUCAAAGCACUUGAAACACUUCAAGAUAAUUUUCGUUCACUUAGACCAAUAACUCCUAUUCCCUAUGAAUCCCCCCGUGAAUCUCAAGAAAUUCCUCUAAUUGAGGAUGAUGAUAAUAUUAAGGUUACUGAGGUUAUUAACUUUGCCGAAUUUAAUUAUAUGACAAUGAAAGAAGCAACUUUAGCUCAUCGAAAUUUAAAAGCAAAAUACUUUGUUGGAUAUUACUUAUUUAAAAAAUUUGUAAAUACUUCUGAUAUUGAUGAUAAAGAGAGAGAAAAACGUGCUGCUCAAUUAUUUAAAGAAGUUGCUGAUUCAAGUGAUGAAGUACCUGAUGCACAAUUAAAAUAUGGGUUAUGUCUAUUUCAAGGAACAGGUGUUGAUAGAGAUUUUUCUGAAGCUGCAAAAUAUUUCAAAAAAGCUGCUGAAAAUGGUCUUGCUGUUGGUAUGUAUAAUGUCGGAAAUAUACUUUAUGCCGGUCUUACAGGCGUUAAAGAUGAAGAAUUGGGAAUAAAAUAUAUUAGAGAAGCUGCUCAAAAUAAUCAUUUGGAAGCUAUGGAAUUUUGUAAAAAGAAUAAUAUUCCUAUUGUUUUUGAUUAUAAACAUACAUAA